AUGGCAUCAGUUGAAACCCAGAGGUCUACUAAGACCGUUGUCAUCCUGACAAAACCAGAGGACUGGUCCCUUUGGCUCUUUCAACACAAGGAUAAGGCAGUGUCACAUGGAGUAUGGGAGUACUGUAAUCCAGCAGUCUCUACACCACCCACUCUUACGCCAAAACCUGAACGCCCUAUACUCCCAGAUGGAGACCUUACGGCCGAAGUUCUUCAAGUACAGCGAAUGAAGCUCAGCGAGUGGGAAUGGAAGUACAAGGAGUGGCACCAGAAAGACAAAGCUCUCAAGGAGAUCUGCACUGACGUGGCAUCAACAAUCUCCACUUCUUUGAUUCCUCUCAUCCAGAAUGACGCAACUGCACACGCACGACUAGCUAGACUCCGCAACAAUCAAUUCAAUCCGGUCACUCUCCUAGACCCACUUACCUAUCUAGGUAGGGCUUAA